AUGUUUCUGUAUCAACAUACAAAAACAGGUCUAGCUGGCAAACAACGUGCGUCAAUGCUUGAAAGUGAACUUCAGUUACUCUCUGAGGUAGGAAAAUGUCAUCGACGUGGCCAUAAACUUCCUCCGUCGGAUUUUGUAUACGGCUUGAGGAACAUUCAACAUGAUCGCGGAGUUGCUGAAGCACUGUGUCAAAGUUUUACGGAGCAAUCGAGAAAUUCUCCGGAAUUUAUCUUAGUACGCGAUUAUUUAGCAUUGAAUCGUGCAGCUCUGGAAGCUGGAGCGACCACUGCCAGAAAUCAAUCACGUUUUCGAAUGAUUCAUGAUAUUCACAAAAAAGUUUCCCUUCGUUGUUCUCCACGAGUUAGAAACACGCGCACAUUUUCCAAUGAUACAGUCUUUGGCUUACCUUACAAACCCUCAACACCGAUGGCACAAAUCUUACAAAAUCAGUUUGCUAAUCAAUGGUUAGAGACGAUUCAAAAUCAGCAAAUGAAUCUGAAAAAGCAACAAAUUGAUACGACUGCGCCGUCCAAUCGGUACCACACGAAAACGUCUCUCCUUCGUCAAGUGAAAGUUCCCGUUCCACUCAAACCUUUUCCAAAAGUUCGGCAAUCGAUUGAUAUUGAACAAUGUAUUGAGUCACUCCGAUCGGCACCGGUUUCUUGUUCGAAUGUGAAAGUCUGA